GCAAACAAGUAACAUUUUAUGCUGAGCUAAUUGAUCUGCAAACUCAUUCCAGAGUUGGUUAUGUGCCAUCAAAGAUGGCUGCACAGGUGGAAGAUAAUGAGUGGGUUUCACAAAAAAGAUGUUGGCAUUGUUGACUGAACCGACUGUAGUAGCUGAAGAUACAGGGAUUGAUGCAGAUGGAGAGGAGGGAACCCAUGGUGCUAGGAAGAUUGUUGUUGACUGGAAUGUAGUAGAGUUGAAUGAAAAAACAGAUUUGGUCAUUACACCAAUAUCUGACAUUGAUAUGGCCGAAAUGUUUGGCAUUCAAGUUGAUGACAAAGAUAAGGAGAAGGAUGACAGUUCUUUGCCUGCUGAUGGUAACACAUGCCCUAGAAAUGCAAAUGAGGAUGAAGAAGAGCUGAUGAGAGAGGCUGCAGAUGAUGUGGAUGAUGCAGAUGAUAAUGAGUUGGUUUGUUUGUAUGACAAAGAGAACCCAGUUAUUGAGGUGGGAAAGUUGUGGCCAAGCAUGAAGGAGUUUAGGAUGUCUUUCAGGACCUAUGCAGUGAAAAAAGAAUUUGAUGCCAAGACUAUGUGGACUGAUCGAAAGAAAUUUUAUGCUCGGUGCAAAGGUUAUGAUGGUGGUGGCAAUCCUUGCAAAUGGUACUUGUCUGCCAGACUACAACCUGAUGGAAGUACAGUAAGGGUAAAUCAAAUACCACACCAGCAUACAUGUAUGACCACUUCACAGAGAGUUUCAAAGAUGACAUCACAGCUUUGGGUUACAGAGAAGAUUACUCCUAUUUUAGCCAAGACUCCAAACACUACUGCAAAGAGGCUUAAAGUUGACUUGGAGAAGCUGUACCCCAUCCAGCUGCAAUAUACCACAGUGUGGAAAGCAAAACAAAGGGCCAUGAAAUCAUUGUAUGGUGACUGGGCAAAUACAUUUAGGAUGUUGUAUAGUUUUAAAGCAGAGGUGGAGAAGAGGUCACCUGGAAGUGUGGUGGAGAUAGAUACAGAGGUAACAGAGGAUGGCAAGGUUUUAUUCAGCAAGUUUUUUAUGUGUUUGAAGCCUUGCAUAGAUGGAUUCAAAGCAGAAAGUUUUAACAACAAAGUGAAGGAUUUGAAAGACUUGCCUGUGCAUGACAUGGUGGACCAAAUAAGGAUCAUGAUCAUGCGUUUGUGGGAGUUGAGAGGAAAAAUUGCUAAUAUUUUGGAAGGGGACAAGCUUCCAGCAGUGGUACAACAGGUGGUCAACGGGAGUAGAAAUCUUUCACAUAUAUCUGUUGAGAAAUCUUCCUUGUGGGGUGCUUAA